GCGAUUUAGAAUUAGAAUGUCAUGAUUCUAAUAUUCUAGCUUCAGAAGGGCUACUAACACUUGUUUGAGUGCAACAAUCAGUAAUCCAGGUUGGAAAACCGAACCUACAUUUCACUUGCCAUGGAGCAAAGCAGAAUUGAUGGUUUGUACAAAAUUCGAGUGGAUAAGAUUUACAUCAGAGCUUAUCUUGAAAAGGAAAUUCCACAGAAUACAGAGCUGGACAUAGAAGAAUUAGAGCAAGCAAAACUACUGGAAAACAUGAUUCAAAAUGAGCCUCAAGCUAUAAAGUUUGAAAAGGAAAACGCCUGUAGGCAAAAGUUAAAUAAGACUCAAGCUGACAGCUAUCUUGAACAGGCAGAGAUGAAAACUGAGAAAGGGGAGAGUAAAGAACAGCAUAUGGGGGCAUCGUACAAAAGAUUUCAUUUUGAAAAAUCUGAAAAGCAAAGAGUUACAGAAUACCACCUGACAGAAGAGCGGUUGGACAAGGGACAAAAUGAGCAGGAUUCUACUCAGGACGAUAGAAAUUGUUUUUUUCUCAAGCCAUCAACAACUUCCAAAGAUCGUAAACAUUUUGCUACUAGACAAAAAAGGACAGAGAUAGUGUCUGAUCAAAUUGCUGAAAUAAAAAGAAGCAACACUGAGAAACAAAAAGAGGAUUCUACUCAAAAUGACGAUGGAAAUUGUUUUUUUCUCAAGCCAUCAACAACUUCCAAAGAUCGGAAACAUUUUGCUACCAGACAAAAAAGGACAGAGAUAGUGUCUGAUCAAAUUGCUGAAAUAAAAAGAAGCGAUGCUGAGAAACAAAAAGAGCAGGAUUCUACUCAGGACGAUGGAAAUUGUUUUUUUCUCAAGCCAUCAACAACUUCCAAAGAUCGGAAACAUUUUGCUACCAGAAAAAAAAGGACAGAGAUAGUGUCUGAUCAAAUUGCUGAAAUAAAAAGAAGCGAUGCUGAGAAACAAAAAGAGCAGGAUUCUACUCAGGAUGAUGGAAAUUGUUUUUUUCUCAAGCCAUCAACAACUUCCAAAGAUCGGAAACAUUUUGCUACUAGACAAAAAAGGACAGAGAUAGUGUCUGAUCAAAUUGCUGAAAUAAAAAGAAGCGAUGCUGAGAAACAAAAAGAGCAGGAUUCUACUCAGGAUGAUGGAAAUUGUUUUUUUCUCAAGCCAUCAACAACUUCCAAAGAUCGGAAACAUUUUGCUACUAGACAAAAAAGGACAGAGAUAGUGUCUGAUCAAAUUGCUGAAAUAAAAAGAAGCGAUGCUGAGAAACAAAAAGAGCAGGAUUCUACUCAGGAUGAUGGAAAUUGUUUUUUUCUCAAGCCAUCAACAACUUCCAAAGAUCGGAAACAUUUUGCUACUAGACAAAAAAGGACAGAGAUAGUGUCUGAUCAAAUUGCUGAAAUAAAAAGAAGAGAUGCUGAGAAACAAAAAGAGCAGGAUUCUACUCAGGACGAUGAAAAUUGUUUUUUUCUCAAGCCAUCAACAACUUCCAAAGAUCGGAAACAUUUUGCUACCAGACAAAAAAGGACAGAGAUAGUGUCUGAUCAAAUUGCUGAAAUAAAAAGAAGCGAUGCUGAGAAACAAAAAGAGCAGGAUUCUACUCAGGAUGAUGGAAAUUGUUUUUUUCUCAAGCCAUCAACAACUUCCAAAGAUCGUAAACAUUUUGCUACUAGACAAAAAAGGACAGAGAUAGUGUCUGAUCAAAUUGCUGAAAUAAAAAGAAGCGAUGCUGAGAAACAAAAAGAGCAGGAUUCUACUCAGGACGAUGAAAAUAGUCUUUUUCUCAAGCCAUCAACAACUUCCAAAGAUCGUAAACAUUUUGCUACCAGAAAAAAAAGGACAGAGAUAGUGUCUGAUCAAAUUGCUGAAAUAAAAAGACGCGAUGCUGAGAAACAAAAAGAGCAGGAUUCUACUCAAAAUGACGAUGGAAAUUGUUUUUUUCUCAAGCCAUCAACAACUUCCAAAGAUCGUAAACAUUUUGCUACUAGACAAAAAAGGACAGAGAUAGUGUCUGAUCAAAUUGCUGAAAUAAAACGACGCAACGCUGAGAGAGAAGAAAAGUCCUUAGAGUUUGUUAAGAGUAAAGGCACAGAAAGACAACAGGAAAAACAAAGGGCAAGUAAUUACUGCAUAAAUGAGUACUCUGAGCAAAAUAAGAUAGAAAUCAUUACAAAAAGAGAAACUGAAGAAAAUCAAGCAAUGGCAGGAGAAAGACAGGUUUGCAAUGCGCAUUUCAUAAUGGAAAAGAUCAAGGAAGAUUACAAAUACCUGGGCAUGACAUUUUGCCCUGACAAAGAGAACCGUCACGUUCUCCAGUCCCAGUUUUUAAAGUCUGGAUUAAAAGACCAAACUCUGGACUCAGAGGAUCUUGCCGAGGAGACUUGGAAUAGCAAUGUUGAUUCGCAUGAUUUCACCAAACUGUUCAUCUCAGUGACAGAAGCCCAAGUGGGACACCCCAGUUCACCAACUAGGUUACCUACAAAUGUUCAAACAACAAAUUCGCCUUGUUCAUCUGUUUCAGAAAUCAGUGCCCAAGGGAGAGUCCCCAAACCUCCAAGUGGUAAACCUACAUAUGUCAAUUCCAGAAAGUCUUCUCAUCGAAUAAUUCUAGAGACAGAUGCCAAAGUAACAGCCCCCAAACCUCAAAAACUAAAACCUAUAAUCAUCCAUAGCAAGAACUCCUCUUAUCCAUUCACUUCAGAUAAAGAUGCCCAAAUGGGGCCACCAAAACUUCCCAGCAUUAAACGUAGAAAUGACGAAGGCAGAAACUCCUAUCUUCGAUAUAAUUCACCAAGAGAUACCCAGGAGAGAAGCACAGAACUUCCAGCCAUUACAAUAAAGGAAGACCAAAAUGUCCUUUCUCACCCUGUCAAACCCCGAUACCUUGUCCUCCCUCCUAUUAUUAAUAAGGUUAACAUAAUUUUUCCAGCCAGUUCUGCUAAAAACUAAAAAUUAUUAUUUUGUUUUUUUCCUAAUUCAAAUUAAAGAAACACAAUAAUAGACCAAUAUAAAAGCUAGCAUGCACAGGUUCACCCUGUGUAUGGGCGGGUUCUCUCUGGGUGCUCCAGCUUCCCCGCAGUUCUCUCAUCUCAGCUCAAAUUAGCAACACAAUUUGAAUUAAAGAAACACAAUAA